GAGUGGUGGUCACUUUCACUCUUAAGACUGACUUACAAACAUAAUUCACAACCCACUGUUUCUUUUGCCGUUCCUAAAAUACCAUUUACCAUUUGUGACUUGUAAAUUCUUCCGGUUAUAGUACAACCUUUUCCUCGCCAAUAUGAGAACUUUGAAUAUUGGCUUUCUCGCCUAUUUAUUUAUUUGUGUAACGUUCCUUUUGGUGGAUAAGCCGGCUUCGACUGCAGCUCAGGAACCAGCUUUUGAACUACCCGUGGAACUCGUAGGUUUUCCUGUUAUUAUUGUGGCAGUGCGAUUGUCCAACUUUGUUAAGAAACUGGCCUACUCCUUAAACCCAAGCACAUAUGUGAGUAAAAGGGCGCGCAGAAGUUUAACUGAUGAAGAGAUGAUUAACAUGAUUGAAGCAGAGAAGCGACUUGUGACUGAACUUGGUGAUAAUGUUUGUAUAUAUCCAAAAGUGUGUCUUCACCAUGCUGUACAAGCGCGGAAAACUGGAAAACGACAAGUCCGAGUAGAUUGGGAUGAUGUUUUCACCAACUACAAAGCGUCAAAGGAACGACAGAAAGAAUUCUAUUUCCUGAGUGUAUUUUUGGGAGAUUUUAUUGCGUCUCCUAAGUUCUGUAAUCAGCUCGUCAAAAGAGGCCGAACAUGCACAGAUUGAUUAAAUUCAAGAAUUCUAGUCAUGUAUAUUUAAUUGUAUAUACUCUAGCAGCCUACCGGCUUCUAAGCAAACCCUCUUUAAAGUAGCCGUAGUUUAAUUGUGUCCUAAAAUUAUUUGUGAUAUAUCACUUCUGAAAACAUAUCACAAACAUUUUUACCAAAACUUAGUUUUAAAAAUGUACAUAUAGUUUCAGUUCUUUUGGGUUACUCAGCCUAAGAACUACACGAUUGAAAAGGCCGCAGGUGCAAUAAAACAUUUAGGAUCUAAAGUAUAUAUUAUAUCACGUAUUUGUUUAAGUAAUAAAAUAUUUUUUUGUAAUAUUAA